ACUCUUGGGCCUUUUGUUUAUUCCUCGUAUUAUAAAAUGGACUUUUGUUUCUAUGGGCUGUAAAUGAAUAAAAUAAGUGUGAGCCCAAUAGGCAAGCGUUGGAUUCGGCUUACCUUCAGCUAGCUUAGCGUACAGUAGAAAAGCAAAAAACAGAGCAAAAGUGGAGAAAGACACUGAAAGAAAGAAAGAAGCAGACAGGGAAUUGACACAGGCAACAGCAACAACAAAGGUUAAGUUGUUGAUAUAGAGUAUGAGUGGUGCUCCUGCUAAAAGAUCGCAUGAAGAGGGUUGUCAUUCUUCUUCUUUGAAAUUCCCUCCUCAUGAAGAUACAGGUUCGUAUUCUAAGCUGACAUCAGGGGUUUCAAAUGAGUACCAUCUACCAUAUGAGAUGGGUCCGGAUGUUAGGGUGGCUAAGAUUCCCAGAACUGAAUCUCGAGAUGUAGAUAGAAGAUCACCUUUGCAUUCGAUGUAUCGAAUGCCACCAUCUUCAAAUGAAUCACACAUGGAUUCUCAUUUUAAUGUUGCUCCUGAAAGCAGGCCUGAAUCAAGGGAUUCCAAGGACAGCAGAGACUACCGGAUUGAAAACCGUGACCCAAGGACUGAUGCAAAAGAGAUGCAUGGAGAGGCAAGGAGGGAUUCACAAAGUGUUAAAAAUGAAAAGGAUGUGAGGUUUGAGAGUAGAGGGGAUGACAAUAAGGAAGUAAAGCAUGACAGAGAAGCUCAUAUUGAGCCGAAGAAUGACAUGAAGAUAGAAAAGGAUGGUUUUGGUCCUCCAAGUAGUCAGGUGAAUUGGAAGGAACCCAAAGAAUACCAUAGGGGAAAGAGAUGUUUGGAAUCUGCAGGUGUACAUGUGGAUCCUUGGCAUAUAUCACGUGGAAAUUCCCAAGGCCCUGUUGAGAUUGGAAAGGAAGUCGUCAGUAUUGAGGAGAGGGAUCAUGAGCUCCGUUUUGUAAAUCCAGUCCAAUUUGGUUUGGUACAGAGGGAGAAGCCCAACAAGUUCACAGCGCAGGGCUUUACAGCUAUUAAACACAAAUGUGCUAACCAGACAGUUUUAUUUAUUUAUUCUGUAUAGUUACGUGUCUCAACCAAUCAAAUACUACCAGCUGUCAAUAAUUCAAUCGCUGUUCGGACCUCCUCCUCUUGCUAGCAAAACUGAUACCGAUUCGCCUCAAAGCAAACCUAAAGAGAACGAGAGAGAGAAAAAAAUUGUCCAUCCAAGAGUUUAUAAAACAAUCUCAGCUCGCAAUCUACCACCACCAUUAUGUCAAGAUUCAACCUUUAUCUCCUCCUAAUAACAACUGUGAUUGCGAUUUUUUACUGGUGUAGGUGACAUCGAGUUAUGGGAAUAAUUAUCAUCAUUCAGAGCUUGUGGAAUCAGGGCAGUUUGCGUUGACGGCGUCGGAGGCAGGGGAUUACAUGGCGUGUUUUUGGGCGGCGGAUCAUAAGCCAGCAGUGACUUUGAAUAUUGAUUUUGAUUGGAAGACUGGUGUGGCUGCUAAGGAUUGGACUAAUGUUGCCAAGAAAGGCUCUGUUGAUGUAAGUCAACUUGCUUUAUUGAUUCUUUUUUUGCCCCGUUUUAAUUUAUGAAUUUGAGGCUGCUUUUAUUUGGUUUUUGUGUAAUAGUCAUGAUUUUCAUAUACUAUGAGUAAGUAUUGGGUAUUCUAUUACGAAGGGAACGAAGCUGUCGAGUUUAAGGCUAGUUUGGGUUUGGUUUAGUUGAUAGAUCAGAGGAAAUACUCCUGUUGCAGUUCUUAUGGAAGGUUAUCAAAUGGAUGGUGAUCUCACACUAUAAGAUUAGGUGAUGUAUAUGAAUAAAGAGAUGUUAUUUUAGGCACCCAGGGAGCCUAAUGUAUAGCUAUGAAGUUGUAGCUCCAACCCAGGUGGAGGUAAGAAGGAAUAAGCGGUAGCAGAAAAGAUGGGGAUUCUCUAUAGAACUAAACUAUCGUGGGUGUUUGAUUUGCAUAACCCUGACAUGGCCACCUGACAUUGUUGUAAGUAGGCAUUACUGGGUGUUAUAGGGAAAUUUAAUUGGACUUUCAUGGUGAACAACCGGUCUACUAACAGCAAUGCUAGCUUCAAAUGAUGUAUUUAGAAUAGCUUAUCAAAGAACUAUGUGCUACUAUCAGAGUGUUGCCUUCACAAGAUAGUAAGCCCCUUCUAUCUCGCUCUCUUUAUGAUGCUGCCAUUUCUAAACACAUUCACAUCAUGAUCAUGCAGUCAAAUAAUUCAUGUAAAUGUUACAAAUCUGGAGACAGCUAUCCAUUUGAACUUGUGUGUCUCUACAUCUUACUUCAGAAUGAAAUUUGUGUUGUUUCUUAAAGUUCUUAUGUUGGAAGUUUGUGAAAAUAAUUAUAUCACCUAGAUGGUCAGGGUAGUUUGGGUUUUGGUUGAAGCGUAGUCAACUUUGUAAUGGUGUCUGAGAUUGGCCUUGUAUAAAAAUGAAAAGGAUGUGAGGUUUGAGAGUAGAGGGGAUGACAAUAAGGAAGUAAAGCAUGACAGAGAAGCUCAUAUUGAGCCGAAGAAUGACAUGAAGAUAGAAAAGGAUGGUUUUGGUCCUCCAAGUAGUCAGGUGAAUUGGAAGGAACCCAAAGAAUACCAUAGGGGAAAGAGAUGUUUGGAAUCUGCAGGUGUACAUGUGGAUCCGUGGCAUAUAUCACGUGGAAAUUCCCAAGGCCCUGUUGAGAUUGGAAAGGAAGGUGUCAGUAUUGAGGAGAGGGAUCAUGCCAAAGUUCAUGAGGCAGUUGGAGAAAAUAAAGUUGAAUUGAAAGGUGAGGAUAGAUUUAAAGACAA